GGAAACUGAAACUUACUGCAGUAAAAGCUUCGGGAAGCUGCAGCUGAGACUCGUCUUGCUGGUUCUGUUGAAAGAUCAAUUACAGCCAACUAAAUUCUCUGGACCUUUCUAAACUACACAGCAGUCUCUGCACACAGUAUGUCUGCUGCCGGCGCUUCACUCUCUGAAGAUCAGUUUCUGUGCUCCAUCUGUCUCGAUGUGUUCACUGAUCCAGUCAGCACUCCAUGUGGACACAACUUCUGCAAGAAGUGCAUCACUAAACACUGGGAUGUUAGUGUCCAGUGUCAAUGUCCCAACUGUAAAAAGAUGUUCUCCACCAGACCAGAGCUGCAGGUCAAUACUUUUGUCUCUGAGAUGGUUGCUCACUUCAGACAGUCAGCUCAACAGAGAGCCAGCAGCAGCAGCUCAGAGCUACAAGCUGCUGGACCAGGAGAAGUUCCCUGUGACGUCUGCACUGGAACCAAACUGAAGGCCCUGAAGUCCUGCCUGGUGUGUCUGCUCUCCUACUGUGAGACUCACCUGGAGCCUCAUCUGACAGCUUCACGUCUGAAAAGACAUCAGCUGAUCGACCCUGUGGAGAACCUGGAAGGCAGGAUGUGCAUGAAGCACGAUAAACCUCUGGAGCUGUUCUGUCAGACUGACCAGACAUGUGUCUGCAUGCUGUGCACUGUUUUAGAACACAAAACUCAUGAUGUUGUUCCUCUCAAGGAAGAAUAUGAGAGAAAGAUGGCAGAGCUGGGGAAGACAGAGGCUAAAAUUGAGCAGAUGAUCCAGGAGAGACGAUCAAAGAUUCAAGAGUUCAGACGGUCAGUCGAGGUCAGCCGGGACAAUGCAGACAGAGAGAUAGCAGCCAGCAUCCAGGUCUUCACCAAACUGAAGGAGGCCAUUGAGAGGAACCAUGCUGAAGUCAUUGAAACGACUGAAGAAAAGCACAAAACAACAGAGAAACAGGCUGAAGGUUUCAUCAAAGAGCUGGAAGAGGAAAUCUCUGAGCUGAAGAAGAGAAGUGCUGAGCUGGAGCAGCUGUCACACUCAGAAGACCACCUUAACCUCGUCCAAAACUGUCCAUCCCUGAAUGCACCUCUACCCACCAAGAACUGGACAGAGGUCAGAGUCUGUCCACCUUCAUAUGAAGGGACUGUGAGAGCAGCUGUUGCUCAGUCAGUGAAGAUGCUCCAACAUGAGAUGAAGAAGCUUCCCACAGAGACUGAGCUGAAGACGGUCCAGCAGUAUGCAGUGGACGUCACACUGGAUCCUGAGACAGCAUGUCCCCAACUCAUCCUGUCUGAAGAUGGGAAACAAGUGAGUUAUGGUGUUGCAAAGAAGAACGUCCCAGACAACCCAAAGAGAUAUUCAAGUGGUCUCUGUGUUUUAGGGAAGGAGAUGUUUUCUUCAGGUAGAUUUUACUUUGAGGUUCAGGUUAAAGGGAAGACUGAUUGGGCUUUAGGAGUUGCCAGAGAGUCAGUCAAUCGUAAGGGACUAAUCUCUUUUAACACUCAGUAUGGUUACUGGACUUUAUGGUUGAAGAAUGAAAAUGUUUAUCAUGCUAAUACUGUGCCCCGUGUUGCUCUCUCUCUGAAGUCUCAGCCUGAGAAGGUGGGUGUGUUUGUAGAUUAUGAGGAGGGUCUGGUCUCCUUUUAUGAUGCUGAUGCUGGAAGUCUUAUCUACACCUAUACAGGCUGCUGCUUCAAUGGAAAACUCCUCCCAGCCUUCCUUCCCUUGUCUCAGACAGGUGGUAAAAUCCCUCUGAUCAUCUGUCCUGUUGACCACACUGAGUAGAUGAACCAUUGACUGUUGUAGAAGGAGACAGUAUUUAAUGUAAAAAAUGUGCUAUACCUAAUGCUAAAGUCAGGCAACUCAUAUCAAUAACAUUUUUCAGACAUAAAAACGUGUAUUUUAUACAGAUAUCUGAUUUUUGUUAAGACUUUAUGAUCACUUGAUAUAUCACAAGUGGAUUCAGAAAGUAGAAGGUUGGACAAAUACUAAGGAAAAAUGUAUUCUUCUUAACCCUUUGUACACAAGUUGUUUCAGGGCGAUUUUAGGUUUUUUCAUUUUACUCACUGUGUUCUUGUGUUUCACUGCAAUAUUUAAAUUUAUACAACAUAUAUAAGUCCUGCAGCCCUAUGGAAUCAGCACAAUCAUGGCUUGAAGUAGGAAAAACUCAAACAUGUCAUUGUGCAGAAAAAUGCAGUUUUAAUGACAGAAAUCAUAAAUUAAAAAAAAAAAAAAAAAGCACAAGUUGAAUUUCUCUAAUAAAUUAUUUUUCAUAAAUUGGAAUAAACUUUUCCAAGUGCCCAGAGGUGUCACAGAUAUUGAAAUAACAAAAAAUUGUGUCUCCACAUACUAUA